UGCGGUUCUAUAAUAUGGCUGCGUCCAUUUUCAGUACAUGUUUUUCUUCUCCUCCUUCAAGAAGAAAUACUACAUUAUUAAUAGAUUUAGCGUCUUAUUAACUUGCGAGACAUGCCGCGGAAGAAGCCUUUCAGUGUAAAAGAGAAGAAAAAACAACUUCAAGAAAGACGGCACAGGAAGCAAGAUGCUCUCUAUACGAAUAGUGAUGAUGAUGAAUACAGGGACGAUGACAAUAAAAGACCUGGAACGUCGGAGAGCAGUGAGGGAGACACGAACAUAUCACAAGAUAUUGACAGUAACCUGAGAAAAAUUCAGGAGUUAAAAGACCUGAAGCAUGACCCAAACAGGUAUCGACUGCUUUUCUUAAAAGAAACUAAAGAGGAACUGGAGAAAAGAAAAGAACUUUCAAGAAGUCCCUAUAAGAUGCUUUCUGAGACAUGUUUGGAGGUUGAUAUAGAUGAUAUCUACAAACCAGGGACUGUCCUUGACAUUCCGAAGAGACCUCCAUGGGAUACCACCAUAACCAAGCACGACCUUGAACGCCAGGAGGAGAUUUAUUUCAAGGGUUAUUUAGAGAAGAUUUUUGAAAAAUACAGCUUACAUGAUCUGAGUUACUUUGAGUUGAACUUGGAGACAUGGCGGCAAUUGUGGAGGGUUACUGAAAUGUCUGAUAUAUUGCUCCUCAUCACAGAUAUCAGACACCCAGCUCUUCAUUUCCCCCCAGCUCUGUAUGACCAUGUGACCACAGAACUGAACAAACCCAUGAUACUGAUCUUAAAUAAAACCGACCUGGUGCCUCCUGGUCUAGUCAUAGCUUGGAAACAUUACUUCAAACACAGAUUUCCCAAACUUCAUGUCGUCUGUUUCACCUCGCACACAAAACAACCGACAAAUGACGAUAGGACAUCUGAUGUUGAUGUGUUGCACAGGAAGAGACGGAAAGGCAAGAGGUUGCCCGCCACAGGACCGAGAGAGCUGUAUGAAGCAUGUGAACAGAUUGUACAAGGAAAAGUUGACCUGGACAAGUGGAAGUCGCUGUAUGAUGACAGUGAUGAAGUAGAUACGAACAUUGACUCUGGUCAUGUUGAGACCGAGAGUGAGGUGGACACGUCGUUUACCCAUCAUGCUCAGUACCGAGAUGGGGUUCUUACGAUUGGCUGUGUCGGUUAUCCUAAUGUUGGAAAGUCAUCAAUGAUAAAUGGUCUUGUUGGAAGAAAGGUGGUGAGUGUUUCCAGGACUCCAGGCCACACCAAACACUUUCAGACUAUUUUCCUCACACCUACCGUCAAGUUGUGUGACUGUCCUGGAUUGGUCUUCCCGUCACUGGUGGAGAAACCACUACAGAUUUUGUCCGGGAUUUACCCAAUAGCCCAGGUGCGAGAACCCUACUCAGCCGUUCUGUACCUGGCUGAGCGGAUAAACCUCCCCAAGAUCCUCAAACUGCAGGUACCAGGCAGUCCAAAGAAAUCACAGGUGGAGGACAAAUACGAGUGGACAGCUUUCGGCAUUUGUGAAGCAUGGGCUAUCAAGAAUGGUUUUAUGACGGCCAAAGGCGGAAGACCUGAUGUCUACCGAGCGGCUAAUUUCAUCUUGCGGCUGGCGGUAGAGGGGAGACUGAGGCUUUGUUUCACACCGCCAGAGUACGUGGAGAAAAAAGAAUUUUGGCAAAGUCAUCCUGAAACACAGAAAAUACUGGAAUCCCAGAAAGUCUUCAAAGAUGACAAUUCUGACGAAGAUAUAUCGGCCAAUAGCAGCGAAGAUAGCAGUGAUGAAGGAACACGUCCUGUAGCCAAUCAGACGAAACCUGUUACAAACUUUGUGUCAUCUAAUCCAUUUGCAUUACUGGGUGAAGAUGAAUGAUCUGUUUGAUUUUGUAACAAACUGUUGUCAGCUAUCGUCUGACAAGAAAAUUCAGUAUAUCCUUUAAUUUAUUUAUCUUCUCUUUGUGAUAAUGAAAGAGAACAGGGAACUAUUUUCACUGACUGCAGUAUAACAAGGUUUAGGUAUACUGUGUGUAUUUGGAUGGCUUGAUGUCAUUACAAGCUUGAGUUACUUUCUGCAUUAUGAUCAUUCAGUAAAUAAUGUAUUGUCAUUUGGGGAAUCGUGGAAUUUUAUUUGUGAUUAAAUAUGCAAAUAGACAUUUUGCUGUCUAAGCCAUGUACCUCUUAUAACCAGUUGGCAUUAUUCUGUGGGCAUUAUUCUGUGUUAAAAGAGUAGUGGUCCUUUGUUAUUUUCUGUUUUGUUUUCAAAUAAAUGAAAAUAUUACUGGCUUUGAAACACUAAGCAGAAAUAAAGGUGUGAAAACAGUAA